AUGCUCCAGAUACCCUCAUAUACCCAUUACUAUAACUACAGACAGAAUAAAAGAGGAGGUGGAGUGUCAAUAUUUGUGCACAACAACUUAAAACAUCACCUCGUUGAAGAAAAAUGCGUGGAUGACACUCAUUAUCUCUGGGUAUAUGUAAAAAAAUUUUCUUUAAAUAUUGGUGCCAUUUACAAGCCCAAUAAAAUGAAUGUAGAUGACUUCCUUGAGAUAUACUCACAACAAUUACACAAAUUAAAACGAACAAUAGUCUUUGGCGAUUACAACUUGGACCUACUCAAUCCGGACUCAGCGACUCGCAAGUAUAAGAACACUCUAAAAGAGAAUAACUACAAAAUCCUUAACAAAAUAAGCCCAAAACAUUGUACCCGCGAAACAAACUCAACCAAAACAAUGUUAGACCAUGUUUCUUGUAAUUUAAGUGAAAAUAAUUUUCAUAUUGUCACGGCGGAAUCUUCAAUGUCCGACCACAAACAAAUACUCUUAGAGAUAAAGCAAUACCAACCACCAACUAUCAUUAAACAGCAAUACAACGCAGUUGACCUCAGUAAACUAUAUCGACUCCUGGAUCAAUAUCCUAAAAAUCAUGAAAACGUAGAGUAUAAUGAACUGGCAAGGAAAUUGCAAUCCUGUUUAAAUAAGUGCAGAAUUACAAAAGUUAAAUUUUUGAAUCCGCCGCGGCAAGACUGGAUUAAAAAAGAUCUAUUAGAAGAGAUAAAUAGAAAGAAUAUAUUAUGGCAAAAAUAUAAAACAAAUGCGAUGGACACGAAUUUAAAAGCCGAAUAUGAACAUAUAAAAGCUAGAGUAUCACACAAUAUAAGAAAAUCGAAAAGUGAAUAUUAUUGUAAAAGGUUUGAAGAAAACUCUAGUAAACCAAGAAAAAUGUGGCAACUCAUAAAUGAAUUAUCUAAAAAUAAACUGCAUAGUAGAACUGGCCCGGACAAACUUGAAACGGAAGCUGGUACUAUUACUGACAAAAAAGAAAUAUGUGAAAGUUUUAACUCAUAUUUUUCGACCAUUGGCUCAACCCUAGCAAAUAUGAUUUCUAAAAAAUCAAAAGUUAUUCAAAUUUUAGAAGAAUGUAGGCUAACUGAUAGAACAGAAUUGCGAUUUCUGAAACCAGUAACUACGAAGGAAGUUAUUACCAUAAUUAAAAAUUUUGACUGUAAUACUGCAUCUGGCAUUGAUGGUAUUAGUACAAAAUCAAUUAAAUGCGUAAAAGACAUAAUUGCCACAGAACUAACACUCUGCAUUAACUAUCAUUUGGCACGAGGUACUUUUCCCAACGAGUUAAAAGUUGCAAAAAUUGUACCAAUUCAUAAGGCCGGAAGUAAAUUUGACCCGUGCAAUUACCGCCCUAUAUCAGUUCUCCCAGUGCUUUCUAAGGUCUUUGAGAAGAUUCUUUAUAAGCGCCUACACUCAUUCCUUAAUUCAAAAGAUUUCUUUUACCAAAAACAAUAUGGAUUUAGAGCCCAAUCAAAUACCCUCGCUGCUACAAUUGACCUCGUAACCAAGAUUAAAAAUAAAAUUGAUCAAAAACAACUUGCCUUAGGUAUAUUUAUCGAUCUAAAAAAAGCGUUUGACACCAUCAGUCAUGAAAAAUUAUUACAAAAACUUGAACUCACCGGUGUUACAGGCAAAGCACUUGAAAUUUUUAAAUCAUAUAUGGAGAACCGUACACAAAUAGUAAAAAUAGGUGAAUAUGAAAGCAAUCCCUGUGCCCUGAAUUAUGGCGUUCCCCAAGGAUCAAUAUUAGGCCCCCUCCUGUUCCUUACUUAUAUUAACAGUAUCUUUGAGUUGGGUCUCAAAGGAGACAUCUCCCUUUAUGCAGACGAUACAAGUCUCUUUUACUUUGGAAACUCGGUCGAAGUUCUAGUAGCCGACGCUCAAAAUGAUCUCAAUCUCUUACAUGAGUGGUUUCAGUCAAAUCUUUUAACUAUUAAUAUUACAAAAACGAAUUAUGUUAUCUUUGCAGCAAAAAAUAAAAAAAUAAAUAAUAAUUUCGAACUAAAAAUAGACGAAAAACUACUUGAACGAAAAACCAAAGAAAAAUAUCUCGGACUAACUUUGGACAGUAACCUAACCUGGAAGCCACACUUAGAAAAAAUCAAACUUAAACUAAUCCCACUCACAGGUGCACUACGAAAUAUAACAAAUUGUCUCCCUCGAAAGGUGCGAUAUCUUAUCUAUAAUUCUUUGGUAAAGCCUCAUAUCGACUACCUCAUUGAGGUGUGGGGCUAUGCCAUCAAUGCCACAUCCAGUAAUAAGUCCAAUCCUAAACCUAUGUAUUUGCUUGGUUGA